AUGACGUUCGAGGCGGUAAUUCUGGGCCAGUACGUCUUCUCGGUGCACGACGAUCGCUCGCUACGGGUCUGGGACCUAGAGGGCGAUUCGGCGGCUUCGAUUGCACACGAAUUCGGGCACAGCGCAAGGCCCUUCUCGGUAUGCAUCGACGAGGCCGGCUCUAUGAUAUUUACGGGCGGGAAUGAUCAGGUUGUUUGUUCGGAUGCCGGCGCGCUCGCAUCGAUCCCGGUGGCAGCUUUUGAUGUGCCAUUUUCGACACCUGCCCCGCUGGCUCUGCAAGUGCGCGACACGAGGAUAUAUGGUGAUCAACCGUAUUUUAUUGACCAGACAGGGAAGCUCAACCGAGGCGGAAUUUCUGACGUGAAAGCCAUCACCGACGGCUCGGUGAAGGUCCGCUAUUUCUGCUCGUUCUCCGGCUGGAAUUUCGGCGGCCAAGCAGUCGCAUACGCCUGGUCCGAGCGCGCCAUUUAUGAUAUAGAUUCCUCGCAGUACGGCGAAUUCCCCGAUUUCUCCAUCGUCUCCGUGGUCACGGAUCGCCAUUUCUGGGUCGUUGCGACGAGCACAGACGUCUUUGCCCUCACCCCACAUGGCAAGGAUCUUCGCGCGGCUAUCAACUUCAACGUCCGUCCGCUACGCGAGAAGAUAGGCCGGAAGACGCCGUUCAUCGUGAAUUGCAUCUCCACGUUGCGAAGAGACGAAGCUGGUUGCUCUGUUCUUGUUGGCUGCUCUUCGGGUCAUCUAAUCUACCUGCACUUCGAUUCUGACGGCGUGGUGAAGCCGUGCGAAUUGUUAGAGGAGGGCAGACUCUUUGCCGGGGAAGCCAUCCAGGACAUUUCCGCGGAUGGGGAGUACGUUUCGAUAUUGGGCAAAUGCGGGUACCUCUUCCAAUGGUGCUGGCAGGUUGAUGGAGAUAGGUUGGCGCUCGAGCUUUUGCGGAAAAAGACGGUGGGAAUGGAUUGGCCGUGUCGUUUCCUGUUUGACGAGGAUCGCGAGUUCUUUUUCGGGUUUAGCUCGACAUCAGCCGUGCUGUACGACCGAAAGGACGAACAAAUCGUGUGGCGAAUGGAGUGCGGUGGCGGCAAUCGCCACUGGGAUGCGCGGGUAUCUGAUCGGCGUCUCAGCUUCCACUUUGUCCGCGAUGGGCGCCUACACAUUGUCGAUUCGCCGUUGUCGUUGCCCGAUUUCUACGCAAAGCCGUUGCAUAUUGGGAAGGCAAGGAACGGAGCAGUUUCCCGAAACUUUUUUCCAGAUUGUCAACAUGUUGACCAUUUGUCGAAAAACACGGUGCUCCAUCGACUUUUCGAGGCGGACGGGUUUGCCAGUCUGUCGGUGAUUAGCUCAGCAACCCCCGGCGUCUACCACGUUUGCUGCGGGCUCUCCAAGGGAAAUGUGGCGAUUUAUGAAGCGGAUUUGAGGGCGGAAAGUGAUCAGCGUGGGCUAAAGUCGUUCCGGAAGAUCCGGUCACUUUCCACCAAUGAUCACAAAGCGGCUGGUCGGCUGCAGGUGAUUUUUGCCGGUUCGACAGAUGCGAUUGUGAUUGCCGACGACGCAUCCGACGAAGCGUUCAUUUACGACGUCAAAUGCGGGCACAGGCUUGAUGGGAUUCGCUCCGGGGAUCGGGCCGGAUUCUCGAAGGUCCACUACGGCGUCUCAAAGCUGAUCGGCGCGUCAACGAAUGGGCGACUGUUUCGACAUGCGGGCUCUCCGCGCUGGCAGGGGAGCGGCGGCGCGUAUCUGGCGCUCGGCGAUGAGGCUGGUGCCAUCUCGAUCUGGGAUGGAGGACAGGCGCGGGCCGUCAAAAUGGAAUAUCUACAGGCGGGCACUAUUACAGGCAUUGCCGUCGAUGCGGCGCGUGACGUCAAAAACGGAACACUGCACGUCUACUCGGUGGCGUUGGAUUGCCGGGUGGCGGUGACGGUAUAUUCGAAUGGAGAGCUCCGCCGCGUCACCACCCGCCAAACGCAAGUGCAAGACCCGGCCGGGAUUGAGCUGGUUCGUGUCGAUGGAAAUAGCGCUGUCGUCCUCGUCUACGGGUCCGGAUUCGAAUUUUUGACCUUUCACCUU